GCCUGCUCGUUGCCGCGUCGGCCCGGAGGCGGCUGCCGGGCGCCGCGGGGAACAGCUGCGGCGCGGCUCUGCCAUAUUGCGUCUUCCCGGGGCCGGCCUCGCCUCGGCGCCGCGGCGGCCGAGCUGACGAACUGUAAGAGUAAAUGGGUCCAGUAAUUGGAAUGACUCCAGAAAAGAGAGCUGAAACUCCAGGAGCUGAAAAAGUUGCGGGAUUAAGCCAGGUUUACAAAAUAGGAAGCUUGCCUAAAGCUGUUGAUGCUGCCAGACCAAAGGCCACUCUAGUGGACAGUGAGUCAGCAGACGAUGAACUCACAAACUUGAACUGGCUUCAUGAAAGUACUAAUCUCCUAACAAACUUCAGCUUUGGCAGUAAAGGCCUUCCGAUCGUUAGUCCAUUGUACGACAUAGAAGGAGAUGAUGUGCCACCCUUUGGACCGUCUUGCUACCAAAAUCCAGAGAAAAAGUCAGCAACUUCAAAGCCCCCAUACUCCUUUAGUCUUCUCAUUUAUAUGGCUAUCGAACACUCGCCAAAUAAGUGUUUACCUGUCAAAGAAAUUUAUAGCUGGAUUUUGGACCGCUUCCCAUAUUUUGCUACUGCACCAACAGGCUGGAAGAAUUCUGUUCGACAUAAUCUUUCCCUGAAUAAAUGUUUUCAGAAAGUGGAAAGAAGCCAUGGCAAGGUUAAUGGAAAAGGUUCCUUAUGGUGCGUUGAUCCAGAAUAUAAACCCAGUCUUAUGCAGGCCCUGAAGAAGCAGUCCUUUUCCUCGCCAUUUAACACCCCUCCUGCAUCUCCACAAAGUGGCUCUUUCUCACCUCACUACUUGGGCUCUAUACUCAAGCCAAACCAGGUGCAAACUCUCAAAGAAUCUGAUAUUGAUGCUGCCACAGCAAUGAUGCUCUUAAAUACUUCUAUAAAACAAGGAAUUUUAGAAUGUGAGAAGCCCGUUCCUCUUAAAACAGCACUGCAAACAAAGAGAAGUUACGGCAGUGCUUUUCACCAUCCCGGUCCUGUGCGAUUGCCAGAGAGGGACUCCUCGGCCACCAGCAUCGACCCAAAGGAAGACCACAAUUACAGUGCCAGCAGCAUGGUGGCGCAGCGCUGCGCCUCCAGGGCCAGCGUGUCCUCCCUGUCGUCUGUGGAUGAAGUGUAUGAGUUUAUCCCAAAGAGUGGCCGUGCGGGGAGUGACGGCAGCGAGGGGUUUCCUAGUGAAGAGGACACGGACGUGGAUUGUGAAGACGACCCCCUUGGAGAUAGUGGCUAUGUGUCCCAGGCUUGUGUCGACCCCUCGGAGAAAGGGCAGCCAGGCAAAAAGCGGAGGCAGCAGCCGUGUCCAGAGAUCGACGAGGAGCUCAAGGAGGCAGCCGGCUCUCUGCUCCACCUCGCGGGCAUCCGCACGUGCCUGGGCUCCCUGAUCAGUGCUGCAAAGACACAGAGCCAGAAGCAGCGGAAAAAGUAGAAAUACUGAUUAGUGUGGAAUUCUUUGACAGUGUGGCAAUACUCUUAAUGUUCACAAGGGAUAGCAAAGCCAUAAUGGACUUCUUUUCUUUCGGGGUGGGGAGGGGCGUGAUGGGGCUUUUUUUAUCUUUGCUGUCAGGAUCAUGCCCAACCAUAAACACGAGGCGAAGUCCUAGAUGCAUGACUUUUGCGAUAAGUGUCUCCGAAUUUUGUAAAUUUUUUGAAAAAAAGCAAUUCUCCACUCUCUGUCUUAAACUUGUAGGGAAGAUUUUUUUUUUAAUAUAUCAAAAUGGAAGAAUUUGAAGCUGUCUAACUUUUCAUUUUUUCAGUCUCUAAGUAACUAUUGAUCGAUCUAAAAAUGUGCUGAUAUUUUUCUCCCGUGCUCUCUUGACACAUAAUCCAGUACGAUGACAUUGGAAAUUUUUGUCUUAUUUUUGUUUUAAUUUAUUUUGUUUUAAUUUGUUGAAGCAUGAGCAAAGCAGUAUGAAUUAGAAAAUAUCACAGAUGUGUAGAAAGUUCCUUUUGGUUGCAUAGGCAGAGACUAUGGCAAAGAAUCCUAAGAUUUAGAAAAGACAGUUUGUGGUAUAAUUUCAUCUAAGAACACUCCGAUUUCUAUUACAGUAUUUUCUUUGAUUUUUUUUUCUUCUUCUUAGUUCCCUAAUAUUGUGUAGCAUUUACGAGAGCCUCUGGUAUUUCCCCAAGUGCUUUGCAACCAAUCGUAAAUCUUAGCUGCUAGCUGUUCCUGUUGACUGGAAACCACCCAGUGGGGGAUAGAGCCAUUUAGGGCAGUAUGGAGCUCGCACCCAUUUGGGCGCAACUUUGCAAUAACAGUCUUUCAUUUGCUUGUUCAGUGUGCUGCAUUCUAUGACUCUUGUAAUAGAAAUGGAGUGUAAUCAAACUUAACUAUUUAGAGUACUUAUGUCAUCACAAAGGUAGGUCAUUGAGGAAAAACGAGGCUUAUAUGUGAAUUAAAUUAGUAUGCAUCCUUAAUUAAAUUCCAAAGGAUUUAACAAAACUAAGGACAAAAUAUCUUCAUGGAUUUCAGUUUCAUAAAAAGAACAUACAGUAUACCUUUUUGAGAAGGCAGGGUAAUUCCUGUAUGUGCCAUUAUUCCAUGCUAAGAAAUUUUCUAUACCUGUUCCAAACCUGCAUUGAUUAAGGCAUUUUAAAUAUCUGAACAAAUCUGUUUGAAUGAGACUUUUUUCUAUUCAUAACAAGGGAUACUAAUAAAACAAUGUAUUCAUUAUAUUUUUUUACAGCAGUGGAAUCACCUUUCCUGAAGGUUCUUCUUACUCAUGCUUCACAAAGAGUGAUUCGUUUUCAUUUUUCUGGUAGUUUCAUACUCAAACACACGUAUCGUACAUACACA